AUGUCCGAAGGUGUGAAAAGAACUAUUUGUUUGGCAUUACUAUUUAUUCCAAUUUUUAUUCUCACAUUUCUUUGCCCAUCACUUGCGUUGGCAAAAGUCAAACUUUUUGAUCAAACUAAUGGCGUUCUUAAGUAUAAUAAAGGAAUUGAAUAUGCAUACAUUGCGCUUACUUUAUUAACAGCUG